AUGACCCGUUCUCCAUCGUCACUUGGUCUUUCAAAAACUCCUAGAAAGUCCACAAAAUCUUCAAAAUCCUCUGUUACAUCUUCCUCAAGUCCUCCAAGGUGUCACAGUCCAAAACCUUCAAGAUCUUCUACGAUCUCUCUUCACAAUUUAAAUUAUAUAAACCGUGAUUUAAAUGAUGUACUUCGAAAUUUUGUUGAUGAAUUAUGUGAUAAUUUUAUAAAGGCUAGACAAGAUGGAAAAAAUGAGGCUCAAACUGUUGAUGUUAUCUUGGAUUAUUUCACUUCAAAAUGUCUUGAUUCCGUUCAAAUAUUUGAUUGGCUUUUAAAUAAUACUCAUAAAGAUAAAUAUAAAACUCUCUUGGGUUAUUUUUAUGAUCAAG